AUGAACCAACAAGAAUUAGCUUUAGCACAACGAAAAGCGGCAAUCGAGCAAAAGCUAACUCAGACUGGAGAAAAAACAAGGCUGAAAGAAUAUGUUAGAGAAAGCCUACAAAAGUGUGGAUAUGUUGACGAUUUAAAACAGCAUUGCUGAAAUAUUAUAAGAAGUCGUCCAUUAGAAGCCACAACUGUUAAAGGUUUAGUUGACGAAAUUCGACCUCAUGCUAAACUGACACUUCCUGAUGCCGUCAAAGACGAUUUAUUAAACAGAAUCAAGCAAUUCAUUGAGAAAGGACAAAACUAA